AGAGCGCAGCAGCCCAGGCAAGUGGGACAGGUUCACCGCACACUCGGCGUCCGGACAGGGACCGGAGGCUGCAAGGGCGGGAGGCGGCAGCGCCGGACAACUCCCAGCUUCGCCCUCGGUGCAUCCCGACGGCACCCAGCAGGGACCCGCGCUGCAGCCGCUGCAGCCCACAGGCGCCCCGGAGCGCGAGCGCGGAGCUCACCGGAGCUGGGGGUUCGAGCCCUGAGGGUGAUUUGGCACCGCGAGUGGUGACGGCGAGACACAGGGAAAGCCCAAGGGGCGCGGGCACGGAGCUGUCCAGCUGACACCCCGGGGGUCCUCCACCUCACCGGGAGGAAAGCUGAGCUCGGAGGCACCGGAGUGGCCGCGGCCCGGGCGCCCCGACUCCCGGUCAGUCGCGCGCAGCGGGGCGGGGCGGGGGGGCAGGACGCGCCAUGGAGGCGCGGGGCAGCGCCAGUCCUCGCGAGGCGCAGUGAGCGAGUUGGCCAGGGACCCGCGGGCCAUGUACGGGGACGUGUUUAACGCCACCGGCGGCCUCGAGGCGGAGGUGGGUGGCGCGCUGGCUUUGGCGGCCACGGUCAAGGCGGAGGGCGCUCUGCCGCUGGAGCUGGCCACCGCGCGCGGCGUGCGGGACGGCGCGGCCGCGAAGCCCGACCUGCCCACCUACCUGCUCCUCUUCUUCCUGCUGCUGCUCUCCGUGGCGCUUGUCGUCCUCUUCAUCGGCUGCCAGCUGCGCCACUCGGCCUUCCCCGCGCUGCUCCACGACCGCUCGCUGCGCGACGCCCGCGCGCCCUGGAAGACUCGGCCGGUGUAAGGGCUCAGCAAGCCGGGCCGGCGGCCUCCGGGUUCGCGUCUCGCUACCAGCAGUCGGUGUGAGCCGAGCAGGGCGGACCUGACCUCAGGGGUUCGAUGGACCUGACCUUUGCGGGUCGCCAGACCCAAGACCCUUCCCGACCUCGAGCGGCAACCUGGGCGUAAAGGAAGUCGGGCUGCCUAGGUUGCCGCCCUAGUAGCCCUGGGGUACCGAGGUUCUGACCCCCUGGCAGAGCCUUUCUUCCCAGGGACAGCGGGUCCAGCUGGGACAUUCCUGAGAGAAGGCGCACCGCCGGCUGACUUCCUCACUUUGCGCACGGAAGGGGCAGGCACAGAGCGCAGGCCACUAGGACCUGAGUGUGAACUCAGCUUGACUUUGUGAAAUGAUGGCCCUCGGGGACCGUGUGCCCCAGGAGACGCGGAGUUUCCCUGGGUCCCGCCUAGGGGCCGGAGGACCCAGCUUUUCCUGCGGGCACGGAUGGAGGGGAAGCCGGUCUAGAGGCACAGGGUCCCGCCGGCAGCAAUCUGUAGUGGGAAUCCACGUCCCACAUCUCCAGGGGCCGCAUUUCUACAAUAAAACCUCACCGAAU